GUUCAGUCACACGAGGAAUGAAAACCAAAUAGGAUCAUUCACGAUGGUUUCUUUAUCGGAAGUGCGAGCUGCGAAUGCCCAGCUCGUCAAAUGCUCACCGGGAGGAGUUUAUGUCUUCGUCGGAGCAACGAGCGGAAUCGGGGAGAAUGCUUUGCGCAAGUUUGCCCGCCUUGCUGCAAAGCCGCGGGUGUAUAUUGUAGGGCGAAAUCUCGUCGUGGGAGAGUCUCUUUUGCGAGACCUGCGCGAGUCCAACCCAGAUGGCGAGUUUAUCUUCAUUCACAAGGACAUCUCUCUUGUGAAGGAUGCGGAAGACGUUUGCGCAGAGAUCGCUAGCAAAGAAACCAGAUUGGACUUGCUAUUUCUAUCAGCGGGUUAUUUCCCCUGGGAUGGUCGACAAGACACCGUUGAAGGGUUGGACGCCGCUAUGGCUACCCGUUAUUACACGCGGAUCCUUCUGGCCAAACGUCUUGCCCCGCUUCUUGAAGCAUCUCCAGCAGGAAGAGUUGUGAGCGUCCUUUACGCAACCGGUUCCACUCGUCUUGUGGAAACAGACUUGGGGCUCGAAAGCCCAGAAAAUUACAGCAUGAUGAAGGCUGGAGUUGGAACGGCGACGAUGAACUCUCUUGCACUGCACCAUUUAGCUAUAUUACAUCCUCGGGUUUCGUUCGUACAUACCUACCCGGGCGUUGUUCGGACGAAAGGAUGGGCGAACGGUGGUCGUAGUUUCGUUGGUCUGGUUGUGAAAUAUGUUCUAGCUCCGCUGACAUGGCCUUUUGCGUUAAGCGUAGAUGAAGCUGGAGACAGGGCUUUAUAUACCACUACCUCUGAGCAGAACAGAGUGGACGGGUCUGGUGCCAGUCAAGUAAUUCUAGUCAACUGGAAUAAUGAUACAGUCCAGCCCGAUAGACUGACCAGGGAGUACAUGACGAGCGAAAUGCUUGGGAAGGUUUGGGACCACACAGAAGCAACUUGGAAAUCGAUUUUAGGAAAAUAAUACCGUUUGAUUGCCAUUAUGAUCUGGUGCCAGAGCCCGGUUGAAUAUCGAGACGUUCAGUGUUAUUUGUCGUUGUGAACGCCUGCACAGAUUAUAUAGUAGCACAAGUCAGUCAUCAUUGUAUGAUGAAUGCUGCUAUUUGGUUAAUCAUUUAGUUAACAUAGAAAAUGAAUGGAAUUUCUGUUUGAUGUCGAGA